AGAAUCAACUCCGUUCCUCACCUCUCUCCAAUGCGCCCGGAGGAGCAGCCCGCCAGCCCCAGCCUGCCAUGGCGCACGAGCUCGGUCUUCACCAUGGCCGUGGUGGGCCUCCUUUCACGCGGGUUUCUAUACGGCUUGAGCAGGACGGAGACCCAUGGCCUUGACAGGUUUCUAAAGCUCCUGGACGAAAGGAAGGACGUAGAGGGAAGGCAAAGAGGUUUGGUAACAGUUUCUAAUCACGUCUCUGUACUGGAUGAUCCUAUGAUAUGGGGAACUUUGCCAAUCCGAUACUUGUUCAAUCCCGACAACCUGAGAUGGGGUCUUGGGAGCUACGAUUUAUGCUUCACGAACAAGGCCCUUUCGACCUUCUUCAAUCUCGGACAGGUGCUUCCUACGCAUCGUUCCCUCCAUUCGAAGUUUGGAGGCCUGUUCCAGCCUACGGUGGCUCAAGCUAUCCGUUUGCUUUCCGCAGGGCCUUUCCACCCCAAUGACAGCGCGACCAAGGCAAACAAAUCAUUCAGGAGCCCCGACAUUUCCGACCCUUUCUCGAACGGACACCUUACCUUCUCCACGAAUGGCACCGACACAUUCCCUUCGCCCUCCGCGUAUCUCAGUCGAAAACACAGCUGGGUGCAUAUAUUCCCGGAAGGCAAGGUGCACCAGCAAGAGAAUCACACCAUGCGUUACUUCAAGUGGGGUGUCUCGCGCCUGAUUCUGGAGAGCGAACCGUGCCCAGAUGUGGUACCAAUAUGGAUUGAAGGGCCACAGGAGGUAAUGCAUGAGAGCAGGGAAUUUCCGCGCUUCUUACCUCGCCCUCUCCGCGACGUGAGCAUCACAUUUGGCGACAAGUUAGACGUGGAAAAGGUGUUUGGGGAUCUGCGUGCGAGAUGGAAGCGACUGCAUCAGCGAGAUAUUGGACCUGGACCGGAGGGCAAGCCCGAAAUGGGCGUUUUGAGCUCUGCAUUGAAGUACGCGGACGAAGCUGUCGAACUGAGGAAGGAGUGCACGGUGCUGGUGAGGAAUGCGGUCUUGAAUGUCAGGAGGCAGAGAGGGUGGCCAGAUGAGGAUCCCAAGGGUGGCUUGGCCGAGACCUACCGCGAGGAGGGAGUAGGGAAGAUUGAGGGGCAGAUGAAGGACGGGAGCUGGAUCAAGGACACGUGA